GGGUCUGCCAGGGACUCCUGUUUUCCGAGUGUGCGACUGCGAAUCUUUAGUUACCUCCAUCAUCUAAGCAAGCAUCCUCUAUUUUUUUAUUACCGUUUAUAAACGACUCUUUAUUUUCUGUGGCAGAGAGAAGUCUAAUGCAUAGGAUACAUGUCUCUGACUUGAAACAUACUUUUCUUCAGUCACAUUUGAAUUCCAAAUGUUGUUUUAAAGACUCACACAAAUAAAUAGUUUUCAUAGGUUUUCAAACUUGAUUUCUUCAUAUGUUCACAUGUAGGUAUAAAUGUAUCUUUCCUUGGAAUUCACAUUCUUCGGUAAAGUAACAAACUGCUUAACCGUCUGUUUUGUUUUUUUCCCCUUAAAAUGGGUUUCUGUGGUAGUAUUUUUUCUGUACAUUAUUUGUAGUUGCACAGUUCCUCUGUGUUCAUCCCAUCUUUUGGCUUUGCUUACUGUCGUGUACAGUACCUUUUACUGUGCUGGGAUUUAGUUUAUCCUUAUUAUAUACCUUCAUGUGUUUGUUUAUGUCUAAUAGGGAUAUUUCUCCUUUUUUUCCUCCCUAGGUGUGGGUGACUAAAGAGUCAUACAGGCAUUUAGUUCUGAGGAAGCAGAGACACGAGGAUUAAGUCUGUUUUACCUAGAAAGCUCUUCAACAGUAUUCUUUUUCCUCCUGCCUUCCCGGUAGGGGUGGACCAUUUAGGAAUUGUUUUAACAGUCAUUUACUCCUCCUUUUCUCCUUCAGAAAUCUGUCUUGGUCCCCGAGGCAUCUGCUAGACGUUGGCCCUUAUAGGACCAGGAGGGAGGUUAUCAUCAUUAUCCCUUGCUUGCUUUGGGACCUUCAGUAGUACCUUCCCCUCCUUUGGAGUGCAGUACAGAGGCGUCCAGAAGACUUCCUUGCCACCCACCCUUUUUGUUAGUAGUGGAUCCAGGAAAAAAGGGGUGUCUAGCAAGCCACGUGACUUCGUUAAGGGUGCCAGGACCGAAGCAGCACUUGACACACCGAAGGAAGCACCUAUCUUUGGUAUCUUUUCGUCUUCCACUCCUUCCUCACCAAAUUUCUGAUUAGAUGUAGACAUUAUUUUCCCACUUCGAGGUUGGAAGUUGCACUCCAUUGAAAAUGGCUGACUUGUGCAGAGGGAGUAGGACUUGGUACAGUGGGGAACAUGAAGAUAGGAGCCUAUAUACUCUAACGGAGUCUCAUCUUCUCCACCAUCUAGAAGUUCCAUUGAAAGGAAGCCUUGAAGGUUGCAAGACAAGUCCAAGAUGUGCAGCUCAGUUGGUCCCAGACUGUGGUUCUUAACAGACCGUCGCAUCAGAGAAGAUUACCCUCAGCAGGAGAUCCUGAGAGCACUGAAGGCCAAGUGCUGUGAAGAGGAGCUAGAUUUCCGGGCCCUGGUGAUGGAUGAAGUGGUGCUGACCAUUGAAGAUGGAAAUCUUGGUCUCCGGGUGAAUGGGGAGCUCAUUACUGCUUACCCACAAGUGGUGGUUGUGCGUGUACCAACACCUUGGGUCCAGAGUGACAGCGAUAUCACAGUCCUUCGCCACCUAGAAAAGAUGGGCUGCCGACUGAUGAAUCGUCCCCAGGCCAUCCUCAACUGUGUCAAUAAGUUCUGGACGUUUCAAGAACUUGCUGGUCAUGGUGUGCCUCUUCCAGACACUUUUUCAUAUGGUGGUCAUGAGAAUUUUGCCAAAAUGAUUGAUGAGGCGGAAGUGCUGGAGUUCCCUAUGGUGGUGAAGAACACACGGGGUCACCGAGGUAAAGCUGUGUUCCUGGCACGAGACAAACACCAUUUGGCAGACCUAAGCCAUUUGAUCCGUCACGAUGCCCCUUACUUGUUUCAAAAAUAUGUUAAAGAGUCUCAUGGCAAGGAUGUCCGUGUCAUCGUAGUAGGAGGCCGUGUGGUGGGCACCAUGCUCCGCUGCUCAACAGAUGGGAGGAUGCAAAGUAACUGCUCGCUUGGUGGCAUAGGGAUGAUGUGCUCACUGAGUGAACAAGGCAAACAGUUGGCAGUCCAGGUGUCAAACAUCCUGGGAAUGGACGUGUGCGGCAUUGACCUGCUGAUGAAGGACGACGGUUCAUUCUACGUCUGCGAGGCCAAUGCAAAUGUAGGUUUCAUUGCCUUUGACAAGGCUUGUAAUCUAGAUGUAGCUGGUAUCAUAGCGGACUAUGCCGCUUCUCUCCUAACCCCCGGUCGCUUGACGCGGCGCAUGUCCUUGCUCUCUGUGGUGUCCACGGCAAGCGAGACUAGCGAGCCAGAGCUGGGCCCUCCAGCUAGUGCCACUGUCGACAAUAUGAGUGCUAGCUCCAGCUCUGUCGACAGCGACCCUGAGACCACCGAGAGAGAGUUGCUCACCAAGCUCCCGGGGGCUCUAUUCAACAUGAACCAGCUGUUAGCCAAUGAGAUCAAACUUCUUGUGGAGUGAUGCCACAUGUAAAUAGAUGACCAACACAACUCUCUCUUGUAAUUUUUUUUUUAAACCAACUUGCAAUGCUGUUUAUCAGAGAAGCUCAGAGGAAUGGGAAAGGGGUGGUGGUGGGCAGGGGUGUCAUUCAAGACAGAAGGAGUAAAAGGCAUGUGUGCUGUGGUUGCUGCCCCUACUUUUUGCAGAACAGAAAAUUGUGUUCAUUCCUCAGCAUCAGUUUUCUAAUGAAGAUGCUCGGUUUACAACCUAAAUGGGAAAUUGGCUUGGAUGUUGCUUGGUCCCCAGAUGUGUUGCAGUUCAUGUAUGUUCACAGGCAAGCUCUGAAGCAUGAUUCAUACUUGAAGAUUUCAGAAACUAUUCUGGCAGCUCUCUAGAAACUUCUGUGAACUACUGCAUCAUUUAAGUCUCUUCUGCCUCUGCAAGGCUUGAUCCUCUAAAUUGCUGAGUGCCUCACAUUCUUAAAGGGGGGUUGAGGGUGUUAAAUACCAGGUAUUUCAAAGUUCCUGGCACCUGCUGUUCCUACUCUUGUAGACAGGAGCUUUAAGUUUAGGAUCCUUUUAAAGUCAUCUCUUCCUGACCUUGCAGGAUAUGGCCUUUCAAAUGAUGAGGCUGAGAGAACUGUCAGUUGACUUAACAUGAGCUUUCUGUACAGAUCUGUACUUUAUGCUAUCUUGGUAUUAAUUGGCAGCUUUGUGUCUAUAUUCCAUUAUAAAGUUUUGAAGGAGGAUUUUAAUACUUGUGUUUUUCUCAUUUCACAUUCUGAUUUUGGAAGGUGUGUAGGGGAAUUGGUCAUAUCCUAUUUGUGGCAGAAGUGGCACGUUUUAACUGUUUUUUGCAUGAUUGGAGGAGAUAAACAGCACUGUAAUGUUUGGUAUACAAAAUAUUGUUUAAUCCAAUGUGAAAAAGAAUUACACUAGUUAAAAGCAAACGUGCAUCGACUUGUAUUUGUUAGUGUUCUAGUCUUUUUGAGAGAGAUCUGCAAUGUUACUGUUCCUUUUUCUUUAAUACAUGCUAGUCAAACACUCCCUUCUUUAUGCCUGCAUCUUUAACAGUGGCCAAAGUGAAAACACUGCAGACUAUUUGUUGAGAAAACAGUGAGUUAAAGCCUGUACAUUGGUGGGUUGGGGUUUUUGUUUGUUCUGUUUUCUUUUUUGCCUCUGUUUUUUUGAUAAUUUUUUUUUGAGGGAAACAUGUUAAGGUGUGGAGGAGCGAAAAUUUGGUUAAAAGUGUUUAGACAUCUAUAGGUACUUUAGAAUAAAGCUGCAAGUUUAUACAAUACUUACCAGGCUUACUUUUUCCCCACUGAACAUAAAAACUGAUGAUGGCAGAAAUCCGAAGAGUAUGACUCUCAGUUCUUAGCUGUUGAAAACAAAUAAAUAAUAAAAAUAAAACAAAACAGAAAAAAAAAACAAAGGGAAGGGGGAGAAGAGAGCUCAGCCAGAAUUCAAAAAAAAUAAAAUAAAAUAUGUGGUCUAGGUUCACAAUUAACAAAUUGAUCCUGGACCUUUACGUGUGUGUGUGGUGUGGGUGCACACACUUGUGUGUGUUUGUGUGUGCGCAUUUGCUUUGCUUUAUUUCUUUUUGGGUUUUGGCUGUUUAGCUCUUGAUUUUUUUCCAGGGUGCCUGAUUUUCGUUAGUCCUUCUGGCUGUGCAUUUUCUCAUUACCCUUGAGCUGUUUUGGAAAACAGAUAACAAAAACAGAUAUGGAGUCCAUUUUUCAGUCCCUAUCCUCCCCCUCCUUUUCCUCCUCUGUCUCCUGAUCCCUUUUCAUUCCUUUCUCAUUGUCUGGGUUCAUAAAGCUCUGGAACUAUAUAUAUAUAUAUAUAUAUGUGUGUGUGUAUAUAUAUAUAUGUGUAUAUAUAUAUGUGUGUGUAUAUAUAUAUAUAUAUAAAGAUAAGCCUCUUUUUUUAAAAAAAAAAGUAAAAUGUUUACAAUUGAAAAAUAAUCUUGUGAAAAUAGGUUUUUUUGGAGGGGGUUAUGUGUGUCCAAUGCUGCUGUUUUCUGGAUACUUUAAUGGAGCAUGUCCUGUGUGCCCUCUGAGGCUCUGCACUGCCCACCUCUGUGGCCCUUCCUCACCUCUCUGCUGCUCUACUGUUUUUUCUUCACUUGGACCUUAAACACAACUCAUGGACACUUAUGCAGAGAGUUUUCAAGAGGCAAUAAACAGAACAGUAUUAACCUGCUUUAUGGAUCAUGCUUCUUUGUACAGUUUGGUUUUGUUUUGUUUUGUUUUUUAAUUUUAAAAGGAAUGUAAUAAAAUGGCUUGCUUUUUUUUUGUAGAAUUAAAUAUUAUUAUUAAAAUCAAGUGAAAGGUUGACUGUUGGUGUUAAGCAAGGGAAAGGACCAGCUGGUCCAGCAACAAAAGGAGCUUCAGCACUAAAGGUAUUUUCAAAUCUUUCUUCCUGAGCCUUCAAGCGCACAGAUUAUACCUGAAGAAUAUAAGGGUCUUUAACUUCUAUGAAGAGUUUCAGAACCACAAACCAUGAAAGAAACCUAAUUUUCUAGUCACUAAGCAGCAAACCGUCUGUUCUAGAGGCUCUUCUCCCCUUGCUUGUUUAUCUAAGGGGAAUUUGGGUGGUGGUAGGGGGUUUUGGGUGUUGGGGAGGUUUUUUUGUGGAUUUUUUUUUGGUUGGGGGUGUUUUUGUUUGGUGUUUUUGUUUGUUUUUUUAUUGGUAGGUGCUUACCCUCCUUGAGGGGCUGAUAGGGUCAUUGCUUCCCAUUUCAGCUGUGGCACAUAUUGAGCACAUGUGGAGUAACAGCAGGGAGUAAACGUGCUGGUUUGUAUAGUGGCACCUCUGUAUUUCUAUUGCAGGAAACAUAUUUUAGGGGCAAGAGCUGGUAACUUAACAUUGUGGCCUGUUUUUUCAGUCUCUGUAGUAUUUUCUGGCUCACAGGAACUUUGUUUCUGUCACCCUUUCAGAAUAUCCAGGUUACACCUCACAGCAGUAAAAUUUCUGAAGAAAACAUAAGAUUUUUAGAAAAACAAAUCGGGGAGGGAGAAAUUUACUCUGUAGUUGGUGCUAGUUUGGAGAUAAGUCUAUGCAUUGUGGUCAGAGAAGUAGACAGGAUUUUAAACAUCAUGUACAUUUGUUUGGACAUUGGGUGCUGCAUGAAGACCUGGCUUGAGAGAUCAUUGGUACAAAUGAGCACACUUGUCUCCUGUAUUUACUCCCUACUUAUCUGUUGCUUGUGAAAUAGUGAAAUGUAUAGAAUGGGCUGGGGGUGCAAAGGGGGUGUGUUGUUUUUACUUAAGGGAAAAAAAAAUCCCACUAACAAAUAUAUCCUGUGGUAAACAGACAAUGUUUCUCAUUGAAGGUGAACUUUACAGACAUCAGCUUUGUAUACUGCAUUUUCUUCAAUACCAUAUGCUGAAAAACAGAUGCUAAACUUUCAUACAGUUGCACUAACACUACCUCCAUACAUGGAUUUGGAAGCAUGUGCUGAAAAAAGGUCAACUUAGUGCUGGAUUACAAUAGUGCUAAUACAGCUGAUGGUGUUACAACUAUUUUUGUAUAUUUUAAUGUUUUAAAUAUCCAAUUAGAAAUUCUUGUUUCCAAUAAUAAGUUUAUCAGACUGCAUCUGAUGAAAUUUUGUUCUUUGUAACACUGGAGAUUUUCUUCUGUUCAACUUGCCAUGUUCAUAAUUGUUGUCUUGCUGUGUCAAUGUAUGAGUUGCAUUGUAAGCCUUGUGUUUAAUGCUUAAAAGUGUUUAUAAAAUCUUUUCUUGGAAUAUUACAACACCUCAUUUGUAACACAGUGUCAGUGCUUGUUGCAUAUGUGGACUGUUAACGUUUUUCUUCUGAGCUAAUGGUCACUCUUUGAGCAUUUUCUCCUGCUUUGUGUGCUAUCUUUCAUGUAUGAUACUUAGGAAACAACCUGUGGAAUAUCUGUGUGUGUCAGAUGCAAAGGAGAUACUUCUUCAGAUGUUAUACUGGACUUCAGAAUCCAACAAGUAAAAUCAGUGACAUUUGGAUCUUUUUUCCCCCUUAUUGCAAAAAUCUGUCAGUUAAAUACAUAAGGGACUUUAAGGGCAUAGAGAGACUUUGAAAACAAAUGACAUCUGUCCGUAUUUUUCUCAUGGAUCACUCUUUUUGAGAAGGUUUAUGGGCUUUAUGGCUGGUGUGAGACACACGACCCACUCCUGUUCUCUCUAUGGAAUAGUAGGUGCUUGGACAGGUAACUUCUGUUGCUACUGUCUUUUUUCACUUUUCAUUUUUCACUGUUCUAGGAGUUCUUUUAAAUGGAACACUGCUGGAUUUAUAACCAGAUGUUUGCUGUCUUUCUUUUAUUUCUUUAAGUCUUUCUUAAGCUUUGAGGGUGACUUUUGAAGCAGUCUGAUGGUGGAUCUUGGCCUGCUGUUGGAAGUCUCCAACCUUCUUGUAUUUCAAAUUUGAGUUGAAAGGUUUUUGCUUUGUUUAUUUGUUUAAACUGUUUACACAAAUUAGAUGCACGAAUUUUGGGUGGGAUUUGUUAUUGAUCUGUUUUGUGUGACUGAUUCUCCCUUUUUUUUUUUUUACAGAAAUGCGUUCUAACAGCUCACACUUUGUUACUGUUCUUUGCAAAACUUUUCAGGAGCCAAAACAGUCAAACAAUCCAGAGAAAAUCUUCCCUU